AUGGCUCGCUUCGGGGAGGCCGUGGCCGGCAGGCUGGGCUCCGCGGAUGGAGGCGCCGAGCAGAACCGGAGCCGGCCAGGAGCUCCCGCGCCCGCGGGAGGCACCCCGGGAGCCUUCAAGCAAACCAAAGCGCAGCGAGCCCGGACCAUGGCUCUGUACAACCCCAUCCCCGUCCGGCAGAACUGCUUCACUGUCAACAGAUCGCUAUUCCUCUUUGGGGAAGAGAACAUAGUCAGAAAAUACGCCAAGAAGCUCAUCGACUGGCCUCCCUUCGAGUACAUGAUCCUGGCGACCAUCAUCGCCAACUGCAUCGUGCUGGCGCUCGAGCAACACCUUCCCGAGGACGACAAGACCCCCAUGUCCCGGAGAUUAGAGAAGACCGAGCCGUACUUCAUCGGGAUCUUUUGCUUCGAGGCUGGGAUUAAGAUUGUCGCUCUUGGAUUUGUUUUCCACAAGGGCUCGUACCUGCGCAACGGCUGGAACGUCAUGGACUUCAUCGUGGUCCUCAGUGGCAUCCUCGCCACUGCCGGGACGCACUUCAACACGCACGUGGACCUGCGGACCCUGCGCGCUGUGCGCGUGCUCCGGCCUCUGAAGCUCGUCUCGGGCAUUCCCAGUCUGCAGAUCGUGUUGAAAUCCAUCAUGAAGGCCAUGGUGCCUCUUCUGCAGAUCGGCUUGUUGCUGUUUUUCGCCAUCCUGAUGUUUGCCAUCAUCGGCCUGGAGUUUUACAGUGGGAAGCUGCACCGGGCCUGCUACACAAACAAUUCAGGUGAACUAGAGGAGCUGGACCCCCCACAUCCGUGCGGGGUGCAGGGUUGCCCCCCAGGUUACGAGUGCCGCGAGUGGAUCGGUCCCAACGAUGGGAUCACGCAGUUCGACAACAUCCUCUUUGCUGUGUUGACCGUCUUCCAGUGCAUCACCAUGGAAGGGUGGACCACAGUCCUGUACAACACCAAUGAUGCCUUAGGAGCCACCUGGAACUGGCUGUACUUCAUCCCCCUCAUCAUCAUUGGAUCCUUCUUUGUGCUCAACCUCGUCCUGGGGGUGCUGUCAGGGGAAUUCGCCAAAGAGCGUGAGAGAGUGGAGAACCGCCGAGCCUUCAUGAAGCUGCGGCGGCAGCAGCAGAUCGAGCGGGAGCUGAACGGCUAUCGUGCCUGGAUAGACAAAGCAGAGGAAGUCAUGCUGGCUGAAGAGAACAAAAACUCUGGGACUUCGGCCUUGGAAGUGCUCAGGCGAGCCACCAUCAAAAGGAACCGGACAGAUGCCAUGAAUCGUGACUCCAGUGACGAGCACUGUGUAGAUAUCGCCUCCGUCGGCGAGCGGAGAUUGGCUCAGAGAAGACCUCUUCAUCCAACCUUAGGUAACCCCUUGAGUCGCUCCAACAUCAAAGGUGCCAGAUUGAAUGGUGCUACUUAUUUUCGGCACAAAGAGCGACUCCUGCGCAUCUCUGUCCGCCACAUGGUGAAAUCCCAGGUCUUCUACUGGAUUGUCUUGAGCCUGGUAGCUCUCAACACUGCCUGCGUGGCCAUCGUCCACCACAACCAGCCAGCCUGGCUCACCCACUUCCUCUACUAUGCAGAGUUCCUGUUCCUUGGGCUCUUUCUCCUGGAGAUGUCCUUAAAGAUGUAUGGGAUGGGGCCACGCCUUUACUUCCAUUCGUCAUUCAACUGCUUUGACUGCGGGGUCACAGUGGGAAGCAUCUUUGAAGUGGUUUGGGCUAUCUUCAGACCAGGGACUUCUUUUGGGAUCAGCGUCCUACGAGCUCUCCGGCUCCUGCGAAUAUUUAAAAUAACCAAGUAUUGGGCAUCCCUGAGGAAUUUGGUGGUUUCACUGAUGAGCUCCAUGAAAUCUAUUAUCAGCCUGCUCUUCCUCCUCUUCCUCUUCAUUGUAGUCUUUGCACUGUUGGGAAUGCAGCUGUUUGGAGGCAGGUUUAAUUUUAUUGAUGGGACACCUUCAGCCAACUUUGACACUUUCCCUGCCGCCAUCAUGACAGUGUUCCAGAUCCUGACGGGUGAGGACUGGAAUGAGGUGAUGUACAAUGGCAUCCGCUCCCAGGGAGGUGUCCGCUCGGGCAUGUGGUCCUCCAUCUAUUUCAUCGUCCUCACCUUGUUUGGAAACUACACCCUGCUGAACGUCUUCUUGGCCAUUGCCGUGGACAACCUGGCCAAUGCUCAGGAGCUCACUAAGGAUGAGCAGGAGGAAGAGGAGGCCUUUAACCAGAAGCAUGCCCUUCAAAAAGCCAAGGAAGUCAGCCCGAUGUCUGCCCCGAACAUGCCUGCUCUCGAAAGAGACAGGCGGAGGAGACACCACAUGUCGAUGUGGGAGCCACGCAGCAGCCACCUACGGGAGCGUCGCCGGCGGCACCACAUGUCCGUGUGGGAGCAGCGCACCAGCCAGCUGCGGCGGCACAUGCAGAUGUCCAGCCAGGAGGGCAUCAACAACGACGAGCCGCCGCUCAUCAACCCGCACGCCAGCAUCUUCCGCAGGAAGAAGCCCGGCGAAGGCGUCGCGCUGGAGAAGUGCGAGGAGGAGCAGGGCGCCAAGGGCGCGCGGGCGCCCGCCGAAGGCCCCGAGCAGCCGGCCAAGCCCGGCGAGGAGCGGAGGAGCCCGUCGCCGCGGGCCAGGCGGGACAAGGAGCCGUGGCUCCAGAAGUCGUGUCACGGGAACUGCGAGCCCGGCGAGCAGGACGGCAGUGGAGGGGGCAUUGAGGACAGAGCCCGGCUGCGGCAGAGCCAGCGGCGCAGCCGGCACCGGAAAGCCAGGACUGAGGGGAAGGAGCCCGCUGGGACUCUGGAGAGCCGCUCGGCCAGCCAGGAAACGGGCCUGGAGGAGUCUGGCCCCGCGGAGGGGCCGCAGGAUGGGGACCGGCUCCGGGCUGCCGCUGCAACGGAGAACCUGCUCGAGGGGGAGCUGGAGGGGAGCCAGGAGAGCACAAGGUAGGGGCUGCCGACCCGUGAGGGCAGCCCCCGGCAAGCUGUGCCCGAGCAGGGCCAGGGCAAGACCGGCAGCCUCACGGAGCAGGACUGCAGCAGCCUGGACACCAGCGAGCAAGCCCUGCUGGGCAGCCUGCAGCUGGAGGCAAGUCGAGCCGUGAGCAGGAGCGAGCCUGACCUCUCCUCCGUCACCACCAGCGCCGAGAAGGCCACAGAGAGCACCACCAUCAUGAUUGACGUCCAAGACUCCACUGUGGUACAGAUUAGCAACAAGACAGACGGAGAAGCCAGCCCCUUAAAGGAGGCAGAGAGUAAAGAGGAUGAGGAGGAGAUGGAGAAGAAGAAACGGAAGAAAGAGAAAAGUGAGACAGGCAAAGCAAUGGUGCCUCACAGUUCCAUGUUCAUCUUCAGCACGACGAACCCGGUGCGCAGGGCCUGCCACUACAUCGUGAACCUGCGCUACUUCGAGAUGUGCAUCCUGCUGGUGAUCGCGGCCAGCAGCAUCGCCCUGGCCGCCGAGGAUCCCGUCCUGACCAACUCCGACCGCAACAAGGUACUGAGGUAUUUUGACUACGUUUUCACUGGUGUCUUCACCUUCGAGAUGGUUAUCAAGAUGAUCGAUCAGGGCUUGAUCCUGCAGGACGGCUCCUACUUCCGGGACCUCUGGAAUAUUCUGGAUUUUGUGGUGGUGGUGGGAGCGCUGGUGGCUUUCGCCUUGGCGAAUGCUUUAGGGACCAACAAAGGCCGGGAUAUCAAGACCAUCAAGUCUCUCCGUGUGCUGCGAGUUUUGCGGCCUCUGAAGACCAUCAAGCGACUACCCAAGCUCAAGGCUGUCUUCGACUGCGUUGUGACCUCGCUGAAGAACGUCUUCAAUAUCCUCAUUGUCUACAAGCUCUUCAUGUUCAUCUUCGCUGUCAUUGCUGUCCAGCUCUUCAAGGGGAAGUUUUUCUACUGUACUGACAGCUCUAAGGACACAGAGAAAGACUGCAUAGGGAACUAUGUGGACCAUGAGAAGAACAAGAUGGAAGUGAAGUGUCGGGAAUGGAAACGCCAUGAAUUUCACUAUGACAAUAUAAUCUGGGCUUUGCUUACCCUGUUUACAGUCUCCACUGGUGAAGGUUGGCCCCAGGUGCUGCAGCAUUCGGUGGAUGUGACGGAGGAGGACCGCGGGCCCAGCCGCAGUAACCGCAUGGAAAUGUCCAUUUUUUAUGUCGUCUAUUUUGUGGUCUUCCCUUUCUUCUUCGUCAACAUUUUUGUGGCUCUCAUCAUCAUCACAUUCCAAGAGCAAGGAGACAAAAUGAUGGAGGAGUGCAGCCUGGAGAAGAACGAGAGAGCCUGCAUAGACUUUGCCAUCAGUGCCAAGCCCCUCACGCGCUACAUGCCGCAGAACCGGCACACCUUCCAGUAUCGGGUCUGGCACUUCGUGGUCUCCCCGUCCUUUGAGUACACCAUCAUGGCCAUGAUAGCACUGAACACCGUGGUGCUGAUGAUGAAGUACUAUUCUGCUCCAUACACCUAUGAGCUGGCCCUGAAGUACCUGAACAUUGCGUUCACCAUGGUGUUCUCCUUGGAGUGUGUCCUCAAGAUCAUUGCUUUUGGCUUCCUGAAUUAUUUCCGGGACACCUGGAACAUCUUCGACUUCAUCACUGUCAUCGGCAGCAUUACGGAGAUCAUCCUGACAGACACCAAGUUGGUGAACACCAGCAGCUUCAAUAUGAGCUUUUUGAAGCUGUUCCGGGCUGCUAGGCUCAUCAAGCUGCUCCGCCAGGGUUACACGAUUCGCAUCCUACUCUGGACUUUUGUGCAGUCCUUCAAGGCGCUCCCGUAUGUCUGCCUCUUGAUUGCGAUGCUUUUUUUCAUCUAUGCGAUCAUUGGGAUGCAGGUCUUUGGGAAUAUCAAGCUCGAUGAGGAAAGUCACAUUAACCGGCACAACAACUUCCGCAGCUUUUUGGGCUCCCUGAUGCUCCUCUUCAGGAGUGCCACGGGGGAGGCCUGGCAGGAGAUCAUGCUGUCCUGCCUGGAGGGCAAGGGCUGCGAGCCAGACACCACGGCGACGUCGGGGCAGAACGAGAACGAGCGCUGCGGCACUGACCUCGCCUACGUUUACUUCGUCUCCUUCAUCUUCUUUUGCUCUUUCCUGAUGCUCAACCUGUUUGUGGCGGUCAUCAUGGACAAUUUUGAAUACCUGACUCGGGAUUCUUCCAUCCUGGGACCUCACCAUCUAGAUGAGUUUGUUCGGAUCUGGGCAGAGUAUGACAGAGCAGCGUGUGGCCGAAUCCAUUACACUGAGAUGUAUGAAAUGCUGACUCUUAUGUCACCACCGCUAGGCCUCGGCAAGAGAUGUCCUUCCAAAGUGGCCUAUAAGAGACUGGUGCUGAUGAACAUGCCCGUAGCUGAGGACAUGACAGUCCACUUCACCUCCACCCUGAUGGCGCUGAUACGCACAGCCUUGGACAUCAAAAUCGCCAAAGGUGGUGCUGACUGGCAGCAGCUGGACUCAGAGCUUCAGAAGGAGAUCCUGACCAUUUGGCCUCAUCUGUCACAGAAAGUGCUUGACCUGUUGGUACCUAUGCCAAAAACCUCUGACCUGACUGUUGGCAAAAUAUAUGCAGCCAUGAUGAUCAUGGAUUACUACAAGCAGAGCAAAGCGAAAAAGCAGAGGCAGCAGCUGGAGGAACAGAAGAAUGCUCCAAUGUUCCAGCGCAUGGAGCCUUCCUCUUUGCCGCAAGAAAUCAUCUCAAAUGCCAAGGCUCUGCCUUAUCUCCAGCAGGACACCCUCUCGGGCCUGAGCAGCCGUGGUGGGUUCCCCUCGCUGAGCCCGCUCUCGCCGCAGGAGAUUUUCCAGCUGGCCUGCAUGGAUUCGACACAUGGGCAGUACCAGGAGCACCAGUCCCUGGAGCCAGAGGUUAGGGAAUUUCAGAGAGUGCAGCCCUCUAACCGUGGCAACUACCUUCCUGUGGACACUCAGGACCACGCUGUAUCUGGGAGGGCCGCCUCCAUGCCUCGUCUCACUGUGGAUCCCCAGGUGGUCACAGACACUAGUUCCAUGCGGCGAUCGUUCUCCACCAUCCGGGACAAGCGCACCAACAGCUCCUGGCUGGACGAGUUCUCCAUGGAGCGCAGCAGCGAGAACACGUACAAGUCCCGCCGGCGCAGCUAUCACUCCUCGCUCCAGCUCUCGGCCCGGCGCCUCAACGCUGACUCAGGCCACCGGUCCGACGGCCACCGCUCGGGCGGUAGGGAGCGGGGCCGAUCCAAAGAGCGCAAGCACCUGCUGUCCCCGGACAUCUCCCGCUGCAACUCGGAGGAGAGGAGUCCCCAGGCACACGACGAGUCUCCGGAGAGGCGGCGUGAGUCCCGGUCACCCAGCGAGGGCAGGUCGCAGACACCCAACAGGCAGGGAACGGGCUCCUUGAGCGAAAGCUCCAUCCCCUCCAUGUCGGACACCAGCACCCCCCGGCGAGGCCGCCGCCAGCUGCCGCCGGUGCCCCCCAAGCCGCGUGCCCUCCUCUCGUACGCGUCCAUGCUGCGGCGCGCCGGGGACGCCUCGCCGCCCGCUGACGACAGCGAGGGCGGCUCCCCGCUGCUCUGCCAGGCCCUCGAGGCCAACGCCGCCGGCCCCACCGAGUCUUCCAGCUCCCCGCCGGGGAAGCAGAGCCGGCAGUCGACCCCGCAGCGCUACAUCUCGGAGCCCUACCUGGCCCUGCACGACGACUCGCACGCCUCGGACUGCGGCGAGGAGGAGACGCUCACCUUCGAAGCGGCCGUCGCCACCAGCCUCGGCCGCUCCAACACCAUCGGCUCGGCGCCGCCGCUGCGGCACAGCUGGCAGAUGCCCAACGGGCACUACCGGCGGAGGCGGCGAGGGGCCGGGCAGGGCGUGAUGUGCGGGGCCAGCAUCGACGUGCUCAGCGACACCGAGGAAGACGACAAGUGCUAG